AUGCAGGCAGCAACCGCUUGUUCAGUGGAAGUACAACAGCAGUAUAUUGGUGCGUCGACUACUGCACUUGAAGGCUUGCCGUCUGCACUUCCCACGCCAUCUCCUUUCACCUUCAUUGCCAGCACUUUUCAAUAUCUACCAGCAGAAUCAGCAGAAUCAGCCCUACCAGAGGAAAAGGAAUCGGAUCGACCACGAAUCUUUCCAUCCGAUAUUCACUCGUACAAGGACUUCGAUUGGCAAGCGUCCUCCGACCAUGAUCAUCCCUUCACCAGCAAACAUUCUACCCACGGCAAGCUUGGGAAGUUCACUCUUAGCUCCCUAGCUGAAUGUUGGCACUCUGUGGACCGGAAAGCUCGUCUGUGGUUACAGUGGUGGAAAGAGAUCCUCGGUUUAUCAGCGGCACCUAGUUGUCACGCUGGCACCAGGCAAUGGACAGAGGACGUUCCUAAUCAUAACGAUGAUUCCUCGUGGCAAUAUGUACGUCCAGACGCCAAAAUCAGACCCGGUGCCUUCAACAACGAUACGAAUGUUCUUUCGCAUAUUCCUCAAUAUGUCAUGGACUAUGCCCCUUUAGUUCACCUAUAUUCGAAUGAAGAAUACUGGCCUUGUGAUAUGGGUGAGCAUCUGUACCACAUUACCCCAAAGCUCAACUAUACACCCGUUCAGUCGAGCUUGCAACAUCUGCAACUCGAUAACUUGAGUGCACUGAACCGAUGGGAAUACGGCAGGAACAUGUUUCUUACCAGUAACGACAACGUGGAAGAUCGCCCAGAAUGGCUAUUAGGUGAAAAAAACAUACCUACAACUUUUAGCCAGCAAUCAAAACGCGAUGCCUCUUCCCAGAAAGCCACGAAAGCGAUACAAGGCGGGCGUAGUGAUGCACCUGCCGUUCUCGUUGUGGUCAACAAGGGACAUGGCAUUGUGGAUGCUUUUUGGUUCUUCUUCUAUAGCUUCAACCUAGGCAAUAUGGUUGUCCUCCGCUUCGGCAACCACGUUGGAGACUGGGAGCACACCCUGGUGCGCUUCCACAAUGGGAAACCAAAGGCAGUCUUUGUUAGCGAGCAUUUCUUUGGUCAAGCAUAUACCUACCGAGCUAUGGAGAAGGUUGGCAAGCGCCCAGUAGUCUAUUCGGCAACUGGCACACACGCAAUGUAUGCUACUCCAGGCACGCACGCAUAUAUACUUCCCUGGGGCUUGCUGCAUGACCAAACCGACAAGGGUCCAUUAUGGGAUCCAGCGCUGAAUUCGCACAUGUAUACCUACAAUCUCCUCAACGACAGUCUACGGGCCUCAAAUCUCACACCAACAGCGCCUACAGAGUGGUUUCAUUUCGCUGGCCACUGGGGCGACAAACAGUACCCUCUAGAUGACCCGAGACAAUAUCUGUUUGCUGGCAAUUAUCAUUAUGUCAGUGGUCCUCUGGGACCGAAGUUCAAAAAUCUAGGUCGGAGAAAGAUCUGUCAAGGCCGAGAGAGCGAGCCAUGUGUGGUCAAAAACUGGUUGGGAGGUUCCAGGCUGCGACGAGUUCACCGUCCCUUCGAGGAGGAAGAAUUGUCGGAAGAGGAGCGUGUGAGGUUUGCGACAGGCGACCGAAAUGUUUGA